GAAGAAACACUAUAAUCUUAUUAGUUGUUUACUACAUUUCGAGAGUGUAUAUUGGCACAAUUUAAAGAUGCUGUCAGCAAAGAACCCUCUCAAAACACCAAAAACAGUCACGAGUUUGAGGAAACUCCUGUUUGCGCUAUUUGCAUUAAGUGCCACUAUUUACGGAGCUCAUUGGCUGCUCCGGUGGCGCAAGCCCCGCCCCCGCCCAGCUAAGCCUCCGGAUUGGCUGCUCCGCUCGCCUGUCACCGAGACAUCAGCGGAGGCACGAGUUCGCGCUGCUCUCGCUGGAGUGUGAUCAGUUUGAGCCGCGUAGCGGGGCUCAGCGAGACCUGAUGCACAAGUCAAGGCGACGCGCAGCGGUGAUGAAGCCGGAUUGGCUCUGAUUUUUAAAAGCCCUUUCAUUCAAGAGGCUGUCCAUUAUCAACAUGGCAGAACCGUCGUAUCCAGUACCCCCUCGAAAAAUGGCGUCACUUAGCCGGGUCCGAGCCUUAACUCUGAUUUUCUUAACUGCAAGUAGUUAUUUAAUUACUCCCACAAGUGGCAAGGAAGGAGGGGGAGAGGAGACGGUCAUCAUCGGGCUGAGACUUGAGGACACGGACGACAUUUCCUUCAUGGACAGGGGCUAUCUGCGGGUCAGCGAGAGGUCUCGGGUGAGAUUGAGGGUGUACGGGCAAAACAUCAACAAUGAGACGUGGUCCAAAAUCGCCUUCACGGAGCACGAGAGGAGCCGAGUGAUUGGCACCAUCGACAGAUCCUCGGGGGACAACAAGAGUCAGGAGGACACGUCGGGCUUGCACCCCUGUGGCAUCAGGACCUCGGAUAUCCUCAUCCUGCCCAACAUCAUUCUGAACCGCAAGACAUCUGGCAUCGUGGAGCUCGAGGUCAAGCCUCUGCGAAAGACUGAGAGGAGCAAAGCGUACUACCUGUGCAUCGCCACCUCCACACCUGCCGCGGCGGGCGCGCACGACCCGUGGACGGAGAACACGUGGAUCUAUCACGACGGAGAGGACACCAGAGUGAUCGUGGUGGAGGAGAGGAAGUUCCUGCUGCCUUUCUGGCUCCAGGUCUUCUUCAUUUCCACGUUGCUCUGCCUCUCGGGCAUGUUCAGCGGCUUGAACCUGGGUCUGAUGGCGCUGGAUCCCAUGGAGCUGCAGAUCGUCCAGAACUGCGGGACGGAGAAGGAGAAGAACUACGCCAGGAAGAUCGAGCCCGUCAGGAGCCAAGGAAACUACCUGCUUUGCUCGCUUCUUCUGGGGAAUGUUCUGGUCAACACCACCUUGACCAUCCUGCUGGAUGAUAUCGCCGGUUCUGGAUUGAUAGCUGUAGUGAUGUCCACCAUCGGCAUCGUCAUAUUUGGAGAGAUUGUGCCUCAAGCAAUAUGUUCACGACACGGUCUUGCUGUGGGAGCGAAUACAAUCUUCUUGACCAAAUUCUUCAUGCUCCUCACUUUCCCCGCGUCCUAUCCGGUAAGUAAACUGCUCGACUAUCUCCUCGGACAGGAGAUUGGCACGGUGUACAACCGAGAGAAGCUCUUGGAGAUGUUGAGGGUCACGGAUCCUUAUAAUGACUUGGUGAAAGAGGAGCUGAACAUCAUUCAGGGCGCGCUGGAGCUCAGGACUAAGACCGUGGAAGAUGUCAUGACCCCGUUGCGCGACUGCUUCAUGAUCGCCGGCGACGCGUCGCUCGACUUCAACAGCAUGAGCGAGAUCAUGGAGAGCGGCUACACGCGCAUCCCGGUGUUCGAGGGCGACAGGUCCAACAUCGUGGACCUGCUGCUCGUCAAGGACCUUGCGUUUGUGGAUCCCGACGACUGCACCCCGCUGAAGACGAUCACCAAGUUCUACAGCCAUCCCUUACAUUUCGUCUUCAACGACACUAAACUCGACGCGAUGCUGGAGGAGUUCAAGAAAGGUAAAUCUCACCUGGCAAUAGUCCAGCGGGUUAACAACGAAGGAGAAGGCGACCCGUUUUAUGAAGUGCUUGGCAUUGUCACCCUAGAGGACGUCAUUGAAGAAAUCAUCAAGUCUGAAAUCCUGGAUGAGACAGACUUAUAUACCGACAACAAAACAAAAAAGAAAAUCACCCAUCGAGAGAGGAAGCAGGAUUUCUCGGCUUUCAAGCACAUGGACAAUGAAAUGAAGGUUAAAAUAUCACCUCAGCUUCUACUGGCUACUCUGCGUUUCCUAGCUACAGAAGUAGAAGCAUUUAGUCCAAACCAGAUGUCUGAGAAGAUCCUUCUACGUCUCCUCAAGCACCCCAACGUCAUCCAGGAGCUCAAAUAUAAUGAGAAGAAUAAGAAGGCCGUCGAACAUUACCUCUUCCACCGCAACAAGCCUGUGGACCACUUCAUCCUCAUUCUGCAGGGGAAGGUGGAGGUGGAGGCAGGGAAGGAGGGAAUGAAGUUUGAAGCUGGAGCGUUCUCCUCGUAUGGGAUGAUGGCUCUCACCACGUCUCCAGAAAACAAAUCCCCCCCUCGGUCAUUUGGACUGAACCAUUCUGACUCGUUAAAUCGUAGCGAGCGGAUUGAAGCCAUCACACCAUCACUGGGCAGCAGUAACCAUCAGCUCAAUGCCUUCCUGCAGAUGUAUGUGCCGGACUAUUCUGUCAGAGCUUUGUCAGACGUACAGUAUAUUAAGGUGACGCGCCAGCAGUAUCAGAACGCCAUCAUGGCGUCCCGCAUGGACAAGACGCCACAGUCCUCAGAGAGCGAGUACACCAAAAUCGAAUUGACUUUGACAGACCUCCAUGAUGGAGUGACUGAUGAAACCACCACCCUGUUCAACCAGACACAGAACUGUGUGGCCCACAACAAGACGAACCACACAGGCCACAGCGAGGGGGCCAUCUAGCCCUCAGUGGGGUGGUAGAGCGAAACCCUGGAGCUGCUCACCACCCCAAACCACUCCACUCUGGUAACGCAAUACUACUACUGGGACCUGAGCUUGGGUUGACCCAAGGCAAAAUGGGAUACUCCAGAGACCCGGUCCGGUCCCAUUCAUUCAGAUAAACCAUGGCGUCUAUGUUCCCCAGACCAAAGAGUUUGGAGGAUGGACAGUUUUUUUUCUCCAGCUACACUGGAACUGCCCCGGGAUGUUCACAAACACAAAGGAAAAACUCCAGGCAGAUGUUGUAAUAGGGUUAAUCAAAGACUGUUCCAAAUACUGCUUUGAAGGAAACCGUGAACCAAGAGGAUUCUACUCACAUAUUUAUUUAUUUUGUAUGCAUUUGUACAUACGUGCAUGUCUGAGGAUUUAAUUGUGGGCACAUUCAAGUACCAGUCUGUAAAUUGUGCAUGUGUAUGUGUGUGCCUCUAUGAGUGUCACUGAUAUCAUGCACAUGCU